GCAAGCGUUGUUGCUGAGUCAGCACAAAUCCAGCUGGAGCGGAGACGACGGCAACGAAAGACAAACAACACAAGCAGCAUCUCAACCAGCAGCCACCACCCACUGUCUCAGUGUCCUGGGACUGGUUCCUCAUCUCAAGUGAGACUGAGUUGAAGCGAACGCUUACUGUGUAGAGUGCGUGGCGUUCCUUCUCCCUCUCUUUCAGGCCACCACAGUACAGAGCACACAACACGCAGUACGCGCAACACACACACAAGUGCACGAAGUAUCAUCAUGUCACGGUUCAAGUCGCCUCGCAAGUCGUCGUCCUCCACCGCUGCGCCUCUGUCAGCCACAAGCAAUGGCGCCGGCUCAAGCGCUGCGCCCGUGAGCGCAUACAUGUGGAAGCAAGGCGGCAUGCUCAAGCUCUGGAAGCGGCGCUGGCUCGUUGUUAACCGCGACAUCAUCGCCUAUCAUGAGGACGAGGACUCGUAUCCGCCCAAGGGCGUCAUCCAACUCAGCUCCCUCCUGCAAGUUGUUGCCGGCAGAAGAAAGUGCCUGAACAAGAGCCGCAAGUGGCCCAACACGGCGCCCAACUGGCCCCAACUCAGCAAGAGCAACUACCCCAUGGCCAUCGUUGUGCCGCACCGCACGUUCUUCAUGUUCUUCUCGACGGCGCAGGACGGGCAGCGCGUGCUCGGUGCCAUCAGGGAGCAGUGGACUGCACUCGCACAGCAGACUGGCGGUGUCAACCCAGUCACCAUCGACGCAGACAAGCCAGAGGAGCGGAGUUCGCGUCGCAACACGACGACGGCUGAGGCCGAGAGCGUUUCCCAGCUGCUGGAUCUCUGUUCCGGCGGCGAAAUCGAUGCUGUGGAGAUGGUGGAGGAUGCUGUGGCCGCAAGCUUUGCUGCCUGCUUCCGCUCUGAUCUCCUCCUCAACCUCACGGCUACCCUGUGCAUGCGUGAGGCUGCCGUUAGGGAUUUCGUGGCCAAGUACCAGAAGUGGGAGCGGACACACGGCUAUCCGCCAACGUGUCGUGUUCUGUUCCACCCCUGCCACGACCUCGACCACUUGCUUGAGGCGGGACCCCAGACGAGCGCGUUCAGUGGCCUGCCCUCCCCACUUGGCGAUGCGUACUACUGCUUCCCUGAUGGAAAGAUUGUGUCGCACUACACACCGCCCGACGCCAGCGGCACGCGCCGCGUCGUUGCUGUCCUCGUCAUGCUUGGCCAGACUGGGGUGCGUGAGUCGCUGUAUCUGGACGAUCAAGUGACGCGUCAGGACCCCAUCAUGAUGCCAAACAUCGACCUCGCACAUCCACAGAACACCUCCCCACCCGUCGGCUGCCACAGCGCAGCAGGGCCAAAGCUAAAGCAGGUUGCUGUGUACGAAUCGCAGCAGAUUCUCCCCGUCUGCUCCAUCUCGUACCGCCUCCGCCUCCCGCUCCCAAACCCGUUUGUGGAGGAUGCGAAGGACGGAGAGUACCUGCGGAGUCUGGCGCAGGUGCCGCGCAUCUGGCCCGAGAUUGAGCAGAGCAUUCUCAUCGACGACCAGGCCAGGCUCGCACAGGGAUCACUGCCACUGACCAGGAAAGCGUUCCGGAUCUACAAAAUACAAAUGCACAGCAUCCAACGCAGGGCAACCAUGUCAAAGGCAAGCGUGUCGGACAUGCACGCGCAGUUCGGCGAGCUGCAGAAGCAUCUUGCGUCUUGCGUGGAGAAGCUGAUGCAAGACGCCAGUGCAUCCGGCAAGGCGAGAUCCAUCGCGUCAGACAAGCUGGAGACGGUGAACGUUGCGCUUCGUGCGUGCAUCGACAGCUUAACGCAACAACACAUGAACGGCGGUGACACCGAUCCCGGGUUGGAAACAGUGGACGAGGAGUCUGCUGCGUGAUGAUGAUGACGAUGAUGAUGAUGAUGAUGAUGAUGAU